CUCCCAAUACGCAGAGUGAGAGAUUCGGUACGAAAAAAAAAAAGUUAAAAAAAAGUGUGCUCUCUUCUCUCGCUGUAAUUAUCACCUCCGAUCCCACUGAAGAGUCUUGUGGUAAUUCAAGUCGUCGGAAUUCAAACUCUUUUUCGUUUUCUUCCCAUUUGGCGACCUGGAGAUCCAAACUUCGACGCAGAAUUCUGGUGAAAAAAAUCGUUCGAAUCUGAGAAUUUCAAGGGUUUUCCGGUGAUUUCUUCUGGCGGAGUCAGUUACCUCUCCGAUUUUCCGUCAUCUCUGCGUUUUGUGGGGAUUAGGACGGAAAAACUUUGCGGUGGAGGCAGAAUUCUGCAAAAUUCGAGCUGACAUCCAGUUGUUUAGGAGCUUUCUCGGGGAACAAGUACCUGAGAAAGCAUAAUUCAGAUAAUCUCCAUCUCGUUUUCUUCCAAAAAGCAUCAGAGACGAAAUUCAUCCUGAAUCGGCAGUUCGGAGUCGCAGAUCUGAGCGAUUAGCUUCCGAAUUUCGGAAUCUGCAUUUCCACUCACGGAAUUUCCCAAGAAUUCCGUCGAAAACCGAAUCGAGUGCAGAGUUCUGAGAUUCCCGCGUUGAAUUAGCCUGUAAUUCAAAAUUCAACCAAAACGUCGCGAUUGCUAUUCAUGGAGCUUCCUCAGCCUCGUCCCUUCGAAACCGAAGGGAGAAAACCAACACAUGAUUUUUUAUCGCUCUGCAGUCAUUCAACCGUCCCACCAGAUCCAAGGACUUCUUCUCAAGGUGGACACCUGAAAACCCACGAUUUUCUGCAACCGUUGGAGCGUGUUGGGAGAAGUGGAACAAAGGAGGAAACCAGCAGCAGCAUCCAGACGUUGGCGUCUGAGAAGCCUCCACCACCAGCCCCACCGCCAUCUUCAGUGGAUCAGCACGUGCUCCCGGGAGGUAUAGGGACGUACAUGAUCAGCCACAUUCCCUACUUUCAUCAUAGAAUUCCUAAACCGGAAGUGUCGCCAGUGUUUACGGUGGCUCAAGCAAGUGGUAGUGAGAGAAACACCGACGAGAAUUCCAACUGCAGCUCAUAUGCUCCAGGUGGGUUCACUCUGUGGGAGGAAUCUGCGAGGAAAAAGGGACAGACAAGGAAGGAGAAUGUCGGGGAGAGAGCGAGCAUGCUAGAUGCAGCGUCAGCGGGGCAAUGGCCUGGCCCAGAGCGACAGUCACAGUCAUCAACGACGACGAACAACAGGAGCAACUUCAGUUCUCGCUCUUCCUCUCAGGUGUCCGGACUGAAGAGCCAGAGCUUCAUGGACAUGAUACGUUCAGCAAAAGGGAGUUCCCAGGACAAUGACGGAGAUGACGACGAGGAAGAGUUCAUCAUGAAGAAAGAGAGUCCCUCCACUAGCCAGAAAGUGGAUUUGAGGGUAAGAGUAGACGGGAAGAGCACUGGUAAUGAUCAAAAGCCAAACACGCCUAGGUCAAAACAUUCUGCGACAGAGCAGCGGAGGAGGAGCAAGAUCAAUGAUAGGUUUCAGAUGUUGAGACAACUGAUCCCUAACAGCGACCAUAAGCGGGACAAGGCAUCGUUCUUGCUAGAGGUGAUAGAGUAUAUUCAGUUCUUACAGGAGAAAGUAAACAAGUACGAAGGCUGCUACCAGGGGUGGAACCCAGAGCCUGGGAAGCUAAUGAACUGGAGGAACAACAGCCAACAUCCAGCAGAAGGAACCGUAGCCUUUGGACCACCCAAGUUGGAAGAGAAAAACAGCGUGAUUGCAAUGACCCAAACAGCGAUGGAUCAACAAUGUCCGUUUCCAAUGUCUAUAAAGCACAGCAGCUUCUACGCAGCUGGUCCUACGGUGCUGACAGGAAGCCCGGUAUCUCAGUUCCAGACGAGAGUGGUGUCGGAGGAGAGGCCGAAGUCGGGGUCGUCGUGGGAGGUGGUGGCGUCAGAGAGUGGGAAACCGAAAGGAGAGGAGGGGGAUUUGGUAAUUGGCGGUGGUACCAUUAGCAUAUCUACUGUUUACUCCCAAGGGUUGAUGAAGAGGCUGAAAGAAGCACUGAAGAGUUCGGGAGUGGACAUGUCAAAAGCCAGCAUCUCUGUCCAAAUCGAGCUCGCCAAACAACGCCCUGCUCCUUCCACUCUUAUGGAUGAGGAAGUCGGAGGGAAACGACCGAGAACGGAAACGGGAGAGGAGGAAGGUCACAGCAACAGAAACCGUAAGAAACUCAGACCCGACAGAAUCUAGAAACCCCACCGGUACCACUUUCCACUUCCUAUCUUCCCUCUCAUUAAUAUUUUUUUCUUGGGGGAUUUUAUUUGACGAUAAGCAUUGGGGAAAGCUUCCAUGUUUUCGUGAAGCUCCUCUGCCUUCAUUUAUGAGGUUCCCUCCUCAGUCCCCACCAACAGUUUUACUUCUCAUUUCACUUUCUGAGUCGUUUUCCUCUUUGCUUUCCCGUGUAAUAUUCGACUUAUAUUUUAUUGGCUCGAUUAUAUUGACUACUGUACGUGGCUUUUGUACCAUUAAACUGAAACUAGACUGCACAUUCAGUUGGACGAACUACUAUAUAUAUACAAUAUAAUACAUUCAAUUA